AUGGCUGACCUAAACAACAGUUCAUCUGACGAAAGUACUGAUGCAUCAAAUUCACAAUUUGAUUCAUUAAAAGCCUUAUAUUCAUCAAAAUAUAAAAUUCCAAUACCCGAAGCACCAAUUUAUGAUAACAUAAAUAAAUACGACUCUGUAUUAAAUGAAAAUUUACAUAAAAAUAAUAAUAGCAACAAAAAAACCUCAAAAGAUGCAGCUGUCAAGAGUGUGCCUACGCGAAGAUUUUUGCCUCAUCAACAACCUGUCGAGUGUAAAAGACCAGUUCAUCGGAUAAAUUCAAAUCGAAAUGUUUUGGCAAAAAUGGAAAAUAUAGAUGGACCACUUCAAUUGCUUUUCAAUUGCAUGCAAAUGAAAACCAAAAUCAAGGUUUUAACGAGGAAUGCGAGGGGAAUUAGAGGAUAUAUUGAGGCUUAUGUUGCUGCAUUUGAUAAGCAUUGGAACUUGGCACUGGAAGAUUGUACCGAAGUGUGGACUAGAAAAAUUAAAAGAAAAGCACCAGCACUUGGUAUUGCAGCAAAAUUUAAGGCAAUCGAGGAGGACACACCGAAGGUUAUCGUGAAAGAGUGUAACGAAAAAACUGAGACCUUGGAAAGACACGUGCCACAGAUUUUGUUGAGAGGCGAACAAGUUGCUGUCAUCAUUAAAGUCAAUUGACUUUUAAUAUAUUACAAUA